AUGCAGACUGCUUCUACAAACAUCUGUGAGAGACUGUGCAAUAAGUCCAUGUGUGAAAUUUCCUUGCUAAAAAAAUAUUUCACUGUUAGUGGUAUUAUAACAAAGUGGAAGCAAGUGGAACAACAGCAACUCAGCCACAAAGUGGUAGGCCAUAUAAAAUGACAGAGCGGGGUCAGCGCAUGCUGAAGUGCACAGAAGUCACCAACUGUCUGCAGAGUCAAUAGCUAAAGACAAAAAUUCAUGUGGCCUUCAGAUUAGCACAACAACAGUCCAUAGAGAGCUUCAUGGAAUGGGUUUCUAUGGCCGAGAAGCUGCAUCCAAGCCUUACAUCACCAAGUGCAAUGCAAAGCGGUGGAUGCAGUGGUGUAAAGCACGCUGCCACUGGACUCUAG